GCAGUCUGUUCUUUGUCGAAUUUAAUGAAGAUAAUGCCGCCAUUACUCGUUAGUCGCAUGGCCUUAUCGCUGAAGCCAGUAUCUAUCUAAAUGACCAUUGUAUCCUUCGUGCUCCCAGGACGGUGCAUCCCCCAACUGCAGGUGGUGUCAACGACACGUGUCGAAAACGACAAAAACUAUUAAGACCAAAUCGAGUGAAGUUUUUCUUUCCGCGAAGCGUUUUUAACGAUGUCAGCACCAUGUCAUAGAUUGAUGGUGAAUUUAGUAUCGGCAAAGUGAUCGCCAUCAGCGCGAACGAUGAAUUGUGCGAGGUAAUUUUAAUAAGUAUGAGUCAGUCAAUCCUUAAUUUAACGGAUAAUGCGGAUUGUUGGCGACCGGCUCCGCCGAUGUGGAAUACUAAUCUUGAUGUUGAAAUUUGUCAAGGUAAUAAGGCAUAACGAACUGUUAUGCCUUCUGCUGCGAUCGACGGAUGUCAAUAAUUUUAACUGAUCAAGAGUUACGCCACGACUAAUUAAAAAUUUGUCACUGUGAUGUAGUAAAAUGGUGAGAGACUCUCGUAGCGACCUGACGAAUAUAGAUAUCUAAUGACUCUACAGCUAUUUCUCGACGUGCAUAUAUAUUCUACUGCAUGCGGCGUAUCGCAUUUUAAAACGUAUCCGAUGUAAAGAAGGUGAAUUCUUCGCGUAGCGCAUGGAUAUGGUGCCAUUGGUGCAACGGCAACAGCAAGCGCUCGACGGUGAUCACCAGGGUCAGAGGGAGCAGGACCACGUGAACGGUACUAUUGCGUCUGCCGAGAGUCACGCGGUCGACAGGUUUCGCGGCGAGGCUGGGAGUUCGGCGAGAGAAACCGCGGUCGUCGCUUCGGGCAAUGGUAGCAUUGGAGAUUCCUCUAUACAGUACAGUGACGUAGACGACGACGACGAAGAAGAAGAGACGGAUGUCGAAGAAAGCGGCGCGGGCGGAUGGAUCACGAAUCUGCCGAUAUCGUCGACCAUCGUUCAGCAGCAACCAGCGGUCGCCACCACGAGUGGUGAUGUCGUCAUACCGAACGCUGAUCAGCCGACUUUCGGCGAUGUCCGAGUGCAGAACUCGAAGAAUGUGCGUCUAGUUAACAAGACCUGCUACAAUGGUCCUGUUACUUUAAAGCAGUUUGUUUACGCAAAUCCUACUCCGAAUCAGGAUAAACAUGACGCCAGCAGCGCGUUCGACAAUACCUCGGAUUUGUCGACGAGUAAAGACAACGAAGCUCCAAACGAAUGCGCCUUUCCGCAAAAUACUAAGUUAAAUAAAGUGACGCAACGGCUCUGGACGUGGAAAUGGCAUACGGCUUUAUCGUGCGUUCUAGUUUUAAUACUUCUGGGUAUUAUAGUGUUCAUAAUUGUAUAUUUCACUCAUCAUCCGGACGCACCGACUACACCACCCAUACCACCCACACUAACCACAACGGUUUCUUGGGAAAUUCCAGACUCAUCUACCGAAGGUAGUAACGGGACAGAGAAUCCGUUACGCAUUGUCGAGAGGGACGAAUGGAAUGCACGUCCGCCACAACCCUUAAGAAAAAUAAAGCUGCCAGUAUCAUAUGUAAUUAUUUGUCACACUGCGUCAAAUUUCUGUACCACGCAAUCAAAGUGUGCAAACCAAUUGAGAAUUAUGCAGGAUUAUCAGAUGAAAAAUAAUUUUUCGGAUAUCGCCUAUAAUUUCCUCGUCGGAGGCGACGGCCUCGCGUAUGUUGGCAGAAGCUGGAAUUACAAGGGUGCCCAUUCAAGCGAUUAUAACGGCAUAAGUAUCGGUAUUGGGUUCAUUGGUGAUUUCACUUCGGUUGUACCGCCAAAAACGCAAUUAAAUGCCGCGCAAAAGCUAAUAGAGUUCGGCGUCAAAGCCAAAAAAAUUGCGUCUGAUUAUAUACUGUUAGGUAAUCGACAAGUUGUGAGCUCUGAGAGUCCUGGAGAUGCCUUAUAUAAUGAAAUUAGAAAUAAUUGGAAAAAUUGGUCACCCUGCCCACCUGACCCAAAAGAUUCCUGCAGCUAGCUCGAUUGCCAAGUCCGCGUUGACCGUAAACACGGCGUUACACCUGGUAAAGUUGUGAACUAAAAGGCGUGACGUUAAAUAAAAAAUGACGUUAAAAAACUGGAUUAGUUUUGCGACGUACAACGUUAUUUUUCGUUUCAACGCAGUGUUUUUGUAUUUAAAAUCAUUGACGUAUAAUGUUAAAAUAUACCGAAGACUACUA